AUGGCGCCCCUGGAGCAGCAAGCAGCGUGUGGAUCAACGUUCCCUCGGGGCCGGCCAGGCUGCCCCUCCCUCACGCCCAAGGCCACCACCAACCCCAGUCCGAUCCGCAGGUCCCGGGUCCAGUCCCGGCCCUCGCCUGCCGCCCGUGUCAGCUGUGUACACCACCCACUGCGGGAGCUCGCUGCCUGUCCGUCUACACCUCCUGACAAGGGCUCCCGACUACACUGCCCUCACCCCGACCCCAGUCUACACCUCCUGACCCCCAUCUACACCACCCUCCCCCGACGGGUCUACAACCCUGUCUACACCACCCCUUCUACACCACCCUCCCCCCACCCCAUCUACACCCCGACUCCGUCUACACAGCCCCUGUCUACACUGCCCACCCCCGCCCCGUCUACACCGCCGCCCGCCCCCGUCUACACCGCCGCCCCCCCCCCCCCCCCCCCGUCUACACCGCGGCCCGCCCCCGUCUACACCGCCCCCCGCCCCCGUCUACACCGCCCCGCCCCCGUCUACACCGCCGCCCGCCCCCGUCUACGCCACCCCCGCCCCCGUCUACACCGCCGCCCCCGUCUACACCGCCCCGCCCCCGUCUACACCGCCCCGCCCCCGUCUACACCGCCCCCCGCCCCCGUCUACACCGCCCCCCGCCCCCGUCUACACCGCCGCCCGCCCCCGUCUACACCGCCCCCCGCCCCCGUCUACACCGCCCCCCGCCCCCGUCUACACCGCCCCGCCCCCGUCUACACCGCCGCCCGCCCCCGUCUACACCGCCCCCCGCCCCCGUCUACACCGCCGCCCGCCCCCGUCUACACCGCCCCGCCCCCGUCUACACCGCCCCGCCCCCGUCUACACCGCCGCCCGCCCCCGUCUACACCGCGGCCCGCCCCCGUCUACACCGCCGCCCGCCCCCGUCUACACCGCCCCCCGCCCCCGUCUACACCGCCCCCCGCCCCCGUCUACACCGCGGCCCGCCCCCGUCUACACCGCCCCCCGCCCCCGUCUACACCGCGGCCCGCCCCCGUCUACACCGCCCCCCGCCCCCGUCUACACCGCCCCCCGCCCCCGUCUACACCGCGGCCCGCCCCCGUCUACACCGCCCCCCGCCCCCGUCUACACCGCGGCCCGCCCCCGUCUACACCGCCCCCCGCCCCCGUCUACACCGCGGCCCGCCCCCGUCUACACCGCCCCCCGCCCCCGUCUACACCGCCGCCCGCCCCCGUCUACACCGCCCCGCCCCCGUCUACACCGCCGCCCGCCCCCGUCUACACCGCGGCCCGCGGACUACAAGCCCCACAAUGCCCCGCCGCCGCCCGCCGGCUUCCGGUGCUGCGCAGUUUCCGGAGCGGAUCGCAACCCGGAGCCCGGAUCCGCGCCGCCCGCGCCCGCCAGGUAGAGCCGCCGCCCCGCGCCCGGCCCCGCCCGCCCCGCCGCCCGCCCGCCGCCCGCCGCCCCGGCCGCCCGCCCCCGCGCCCGCGCCCGCCCGCGCCCGCCCGCCCGGCCCCGCUCCGGCCCCGCACCGGCGGUUCUUUGUCACCGCGCGGCCGCGCCGCGAUCGGAGUCAAAACCCGGCUGGAUCCGGAGCCGCUCGGGAUCGACUUUGCCGCCGCCGCCGCCGCCGCCGCUGCGCCAGAGCUCGGGCCGCGGGCCACGGGCACCCACUCCGGGCACCCACUCCGGGGACACCAUCCUGGGCACCCACUCCGGGCACCCACUCCGGGCACCCACUCCGGGCACCCACUCCGGGCACCCACUCCGGGCACCCAUUCCGGGGACACCAUCAUGGGCACCCACUCCGGGGACCCACUCCGGGGACACCCACUCCGGGGACACCAUCCUGGGCACCCACCUCCAGACACCCACCUCCAGGCACCCACCUCCUGGGCACCCACCAACCGGGCACCCACCUCCAGGGACCCACCAACCGGGCACCCACCAACCGGGGCACCCACCUCCCGGGCACCCACCUCCGGGGGCACCCACCAUCCUGGGCACCCACCUCCCUGGGCACCCACCUUCCUGGGCACCCACCAUCAUGGGCACCCACCUCCCAGGCAUCCACCUCCCGGGCACCCACCAUCCAGGGCACCCACUUCGGGGACACCCACCUCCCAGGGACACCCACCUCCCGGGCACCCACCAACUGGGGCACCCACCUCCCAGGGCACCCACCAUCCUGGGCACCCACCUCCCGGGCACCCACCUCCCUGGGCAUCCACCUCCCGGGCACCCACCUCCCUGGGCACCCACCUCCCGGGCACCCACCAUCCUGAGCACCCACCUCCCGGGCACCCACCAUCCUGGGCACCCACCAUCCAGGGCACCCACUUCGGGGACACCCACCUCCCAGGGACACCCACCUCCCGGGGACACCCACCUCCCGGGCACCCACCUCCCGGGGCACCCACCAUCCUGGGCACCCACCUCCCGGGCACCCACCUCCCUGGGCACCCACCUCCCUGGGCAUCCACCUCCCGGGCACCCACCUCCCUGGGCACCCACCAUCCCGGGCACCCACCUCCCAGGCACCCACCUCCCUGGGCACCCACCUCCUGGGCACACACCUCCCUGGGCACCCACCUCCCUGGGCACCCACCUCCCAGGCACCCACCUCCCUGGGCACCCACCAUCAUGGGCACCACCUCCCGGGCACCCACCUCCCGGGGCACCACCUCCUUGGGCACCCACUUCCUUGGGACACCCACCUCCCUGGGCACCCACCUCCCGGGCACCCACCUCCCUGGACCCCCGCUCACCCCCAGUGGCCCACAGUCAGCUAAUGGGCCCCCGUGCCCCCCACUGGCCCAGUCCCCUGUGGACUCCUCACUCACCUGGCCCUCGUCACCUGCAGGGCCCCCGUCACCUCCCUGUCCCACCCUGGUCCCCCACACCGUGCGGCAGCCCCUCCAGAGCCCCCCAAAGGUGGGACCACUGCCCACUGCCCGUCACCUGCAGCCCCGUCCUGCCUGGGCCCCAACCCACUGCCGGGGUCCUCAGGAGCCCACCGCCCUUAGGAGCCCCCUGCCCCUGGCGUCCACCCCCGCCCUGUGACCCCGGGCUUGGUGCUUGCACUCCUCCCCUCCCUCCCUCCCUCCCUUC